AUGAUAUACAGGAUUGGGGGAGGGGUUCGGAAGGAGGAGCAGGUGGUGGGUGGGGAGAGGAGGGAAUACUAUAUGAUACGGAUGCCAGGCAAGAAGAGCUCCCCCCUAAAGAACAGCUGCGAGACUCCAGAGCUCGGCUGUGCCCCCGAAUAUGCCCCGCAGGUCUCCUCCCAGUCACUCAUGCUCAAGGAGAAGUGUCAGGGAACAAGCCUGGUUUGUUUCAAGAUGUUGGUUCUGCUCUCUGGUCUCAUCGGAGUGGUGUCAUGGAAGAGGCCGCUGUCUCUUGUGAUCACAUUCUUCAUGCUGCUGUCUGCAGUGUGUGUGAUGCUCAACCUGGCGGGCUCCAUCCUUUCCUGCCAGAACGCUCAGCUUGUCAACUCCCUGGAAGACUGUCAACUGCUCAAGUUUGACAGCGACGGAGUGUGUGUUUGCUGCGAGCUUCAGAAGCAGAGCUCCAGCUGCAACAACCUGGGAGAGACGCUCAAACUGAACCCGCUGCGGGACUGCAAUACCAUACGCUUACGUCUCAAGGAGCUGCUGUUUAGCGUCUGUGCCCUUAACGUCAUCUCCACCAUAGUGUGUGCUCUCGCCACAGCAAUGUGCUGCAUGCAGAUGGUGUCAACUGAUGUGCUGCAAAUGUUUAUGCCGCACAGAACUCGAGCCUUAAAUGCUGACUGUAUGACCCCCCAUGGAACCAUCCUCCACCAAACACUGGACUUUGACGAGUUUAUUCCUCCAAUUCCUCCACCACCAUACUACCCCCCCGAGUACACCUGCACCCCUUCAAUGGACGGACAGAGAGGCCUGCACCUGGACUUUCCCCAUUCUCCCUUCAGUGCGAUUUAUGGGGUGCCUAUUAACAGUCCAGGGACCCUUUAUCCAACUGACUUGCCCCCCCCAUAUGAGUCUGUGGUGGGUCAAACCCCUGCCAGCCAGGUCACCACAAGCAUGGAGCAACAGGCCACUGAGUCCAGUCUGUGUGACAUAAACACUACCGCAGGACUCAGCACGCAGGCCUCAGUGGACAGCGCGUCGCUGAUGGUUUCAGAGGUGGCCGAUCAGGAUCAGACCUGUUCCUCGGAGGACCUGUGCUCCCUGGAGGUCCAGGGCUCCGACUCCUCCCCUUACGGCACGCUGCGCACCGCCCCCACCGACGGAAGCUGCACCAGCCUGGAACUCUGCAUGCGGGCCUCUUCACGCUGCCACCGCGGCCUGCCCAACGCCGAUGCUCGCCCCAGCGACACCGGAUACAGCGAGUCCUCCCAGACCCAGGACUCACUGGAACGCUCGCCGGACUGGUCCUCGGAAAACUUUAGCAACCUGGACCCGGAGGAUGCUGCUGAGAACACGCAUCCGUGUGAGGAACUCAGGUCUGCGAUGCACAUGUGCGACGAACUGGCCUCGGCCAAACACUUACCGGAGGAGCCGCCCAAAGCAUCAACUCACUCCCUAAUCAAAGCCCGAAUGAUGAGCCGAAAGCUCACUCUACCCGUCAGCAUCCCCCCGCCCCCCCAGCCCUGCUCCCCCACCUCUGUGGCUUCCUCUGGUGGAACCUCAGCCAUCAGCCCUUUGGCCCCCACCCCUUCCCCUUCCCCUCCUGCCAGGCCGAGAGGUCCCAGACUGUGCUUCAGCGUUUGGGCUCCCUCCUCCGCAUCGCAACCCCCUUCUACCUCAGCGCAGAGCGGCCAUUCGCCCUCAGAGAGGCCCAGAGGGCUGAAAACAGCCAGGAGGUACCGCAAACUGGCACGCAUUGUCCGCUCCACCAGUGACCCCAUCUCCUGCUCCACUACAAUAAGAAGAGAGAGCUGCAGCUGCAGCUCCAGAAAUGAGUCCGCUGCUGAAGAUUCAACCCGCACAACUCCAGAACAGGAGCCUAAAGACACCUCAACGGAGGUGGUUGGAGCCAAACCGAGUCACAUACGUGCUACGAGGCAGCAGAAGGAAGGCAGGAAAGUUGACAUCUAUCUUAAACCCCGGCCUCUCCACACACACCCCUCCCACGAGCGGCCACACUCCCUGGCUGACCUUAAGAUGUACAAAGACACCAAAGUACUGGUGGCGAAGUUCCUGGAGCACUCGAGCUGCAGUCUACCUCCAGAAGUCCAGCAGGUUGUCAACAACAUCAAGUGCGUCAUCAAAUCAGACGAGAAACACAUGGAAGAGGCCAUCUUCAGUGCCAAUGUCAUAGAUCAGGUGAUGACCCAACGCAUCAUGGGAAGUCCCAGAAAGCGCGACCACGAGGAUCUUCACCUCCAGAGCUGCGGUGCUUUGAGUUCAUCACCGUCCCCGUCCUUGCGCCGUCCAAAACAUCUCCCACAAACAACCAACUCCUCUGUUGACCCGCAGGGCUCCCCUUCCUCUGAACAAAGCCUUGAGUGCAGAGAAACUAUCCUCUGACCCCCCUCUCCCAACAAGGGCUCGAGUCAAAACUCUUAAGGCGCACACAACCGCGCUGGUUUUUCCAUGUGCCGAAGGUUUCAGCAAAGUAAUUGAGAGCUCUCUAGACAUCAUAAAAAAGAUUCUUUGCUCAGUGUGCCCGCAGUACAAACCAACCGAAAAGCUGACGCAUUGUCACACUGUUCCUGGUGCCCUGUGAGACUGUGCCAAGUCAUCAGCAGAAAUGGUAGCAAGACAGAGUCUGCCAGUGUCUGUAGUGGCUUACUUCUUUUCAGAAAACAGAAAGAAUCAUUGAAAAAAAUAUAUAAUAUGAAAAAAUGAAAAAAACCAAGAAUGUUUCUCCCUCAGGGGAUCUUUUCUAGAGUACCGUCUCUUAAAAAAGAAACAUGCACAGCUGACGAGUCUGUGACUAAAACACAAAAGGGCAUGUGUGUUCAGUGGUCCUCUGGUCCUCAUGAGAAACGGGGACAAAAAUGUUUGUAUUAAACUGUGAACUGAGAGGGGUUUACCAGCCAUUGUUUGCAGAGUUUGUGGAGUUGUCGCUGAUAGGGUGAUGAAUAUUUUGUGGCUCAAGAACAUCACAGAUGUGGAUUAUUUAUCUUACCUCAUUGUGUUACAAUUCUUAUCAGUGUUACAAUAAAAUAUGC